AUGGAAUGCAUCUCAGGAGCUGAAGGAGGCGCUUGGCGAGGGCGUCCUGCAAGAGCUGCUUGGUCGGGCUGCCGCGUCCAAUGUCUAAAGCAUGGCCCAAGCUUCGUCUCGACAGGCUUUCUGCAAAAGCAAAAGCCCACGGCUACGCCUAGUGAGGCAGGUCAAAAGGUGGAUUUCGAUGCUGAUGGGAUCAACGAUGGAUCGAAGGAGGCCCGGAAGAAGGCCCACCAGAUCAUUCUGAAACAUCUUGGUAGUUUCAUCAACACAGAAACGGUCGAAUCUGACGGCUCUCGGUCGAUCCGAGUUUGGAUGCGUGAGGCAGAGAGAAAGGCCAAAGCUCCUGCAGCAACGUCCGACAGCUCCCACGGCAAAGGAGCCAAAAAAGGAAAGGGAAAAGGUGGUAAAGGCAAAGGCAAAAACAGCAAAGGGAAGAACAAUAAGAGUGAAGGCCAGACAUCCGUGGAAACGCAGUCGAGCUUUGGCACCAUGAGACGGGAGGGCUGGCCAAAAGAUCGGCCAGACUACCUCUACUUCCGUCUGCACAAAGAGAACUGCGACACGGGCGAGGCAGUUUCUUCCAUCGCCCGUUGCGUUGGGAGAUCUGCGAAGCAGUUUACAAUUGCCGGCACGAAGGACCGACGCGCCAUCACUGUACAGCAGAUUUGUGCGCACCGCCUUCCCAUGGACCAGCUGCGCCGCAGCGUGCUUCACAGGCUUUGGGACAAGCGUGUGCGCAUCUCUGACUUGGAGUACCGGAAAGAGCGCUUGAGACUAGGACAGCUCCGUGGCAACCGCUUCAAGGUGGUUCUGCAAAAGGUGCCGCUUAACGACUUGAAGGCGAGUACAUCCGAGGGGUGCAGUGAAGAUAGCCAAUCAUCCAGUCAUGUCAGCAGUGCGAUGACCACCGCACGGCAAGGCUUUUUGAAUUACUACGGCCUUCAGCGAUUUGGAACUCGCCAGGUCAGGACUCACACGGUUGGUGCUGCAAUCAUAGCCGGUGAGUGGCAGAAGGCAGUCCGACUAAUUCUUGGCGAGGCAGAGGGUAAGCCCUUUGAGGUGGCCGGAACUCUCGGUAAGCGUGCGGGUGAGGAAGUAUCCUCACCACCUUCCAAGAGGAGAUGCCUUGAUUCUGAAGAGGACAAGGCGGAGAAGGACGAAAGCAUGGGGGGAGAAAAUGCGGAGGGAGCGCAGAGGCAUGAGAAAGAGGACACGCAGAAGGUGAAAGGCAAAGGCGCAGGUAAGGGCAAGCAGGGGGCCGUCCUGCAAGCACAGCGGCUCUUUCUGGAGGAUGGAGACGCGCAGCGCGCGCUUGAAGUCAUGCGACGGGGUCAGCAUUUGGAACGUUGUCUGCUUGGUGCCCUCGCUCGUGGACUCUCCUUUGUAGAUGCCCUCAGCCAGUUGCCUCACCAAGCAGUCUCGCUCUACGCCCAUGCCGCUCAAAGCUUGCUGUGGAACGCCGUCCUCUCCAGGAGGAUUCAUGACUUUGGGCGAGCACCUCGCGCAGGUGACUUGGUCCUCUUGAACUCGGACGGUUGCAAGGGGAGUUGCCUGGAUGCACCAACCGAACUGGACAACGAAGAAAGCCUGUUCGACGAUGCCGGAGGACAAGAAUGCGAGGAGGUCGCAGAUUUGAGGGAAGACGGCGGUCAGGAGACCCAUAGUCUACCAAGCGUGCGAGCACUCGCUUGUGAGGAUGCCCAAGCCGCACAGUUUACGGAUGUCGUGCUUCCUUUGCCCGGCUCUGAUGUUGUUUACCCUGAGUACCUCCAGAAGGUGUAUGAGGAUCUCUCUAUGAGUUUAUUGGGGCUAUCCCUGAAUGACUUUGCUUCCAGCAAGCUCGUUCCGUUGAAGGGCUCGUAUCGCCAUGCAGCAGUCUGCCCAGAAAGUCUCGAGUGGCGGAUCGUUCUCCCGGAGGAACUCCAAUCAACAGCAGCAUUGAUUGACAGCGAUGUGGCCAAGCUCAUGCGGAACCGACCUGUGAACGUGGAGUUGAGCGAAGGAGGAAGCAUGGCCGGUGUGCCGAAGGAGGCUUCAGAUCAGUGCACAGCAGGCACAGGAGCAGUGCUUUUCAGCUGCGUGCUUCCGCCGUCCUCGUAUCUGCGCGAAGCACAGCGUGACGAUGUUCUUGAGGGAGGUCACGAAGCAAACAACCGCCCAAUCAGCGGCAUUCAUCAUAACUUGCUAGCCUAUCUUGAAAGUCGUAAGAGAUUGCGUCGCCGGACCAGCCUGUGGGAGACUAAGCGAGCGGAUGUCCAAGAGAUGCUCCUACACAAUUACAGACGAGCGAUGCAGAAGGAGCUGGCUGCAGGACUUUCUUCCGUACGGCAGAUUGUCAGGGAAGAGCUGGAUCGUGAGCCUGACGGCGAAUCUGAGGCAGAUGGAGAGUCUGAAGAUGGAGAAGAGUCAGAAGAGUGGAAGCUCAUCAUUUGUGUCCGCCAUGAUCUCAACAUGUCGAUCGGCAAGGUUGCUGCUCAGGUGGGCCAUGCAGUGCACCACUCUGUGACACAUUCGAGGUGGCGAGAUCUGAAGGAUUGGGAAGAGUCAGGAUCAAAGAAGGUGACCUUGAAGACCGAAAGUGAAGCUGAAUUGCAGGAGCUUCUGCAAAAAGCAAGGUCGCAGGGGCUGCUGGCCGAGACCAUUCAGGAUGCCGGCCACACGGAGGUGGAGCCCGGUACUACGACGGUUCUAGCAAUUGGGCCAGCCCCGGCAAGGCGAUUAGACACCGUGACCGGCCAUUUGAAGCCGCUGCCGGACAGGGCCCAGCAAAUGGAGAAACAGCACAAGAAGCUUUUGGAGCGUGCAGAGCGAUUGCAGAAAGAAUUGGAUGAGGAGAGAAGGAAGCAGAAGAAAGUGAUGAAGCAGCUUACAGCAUUCCGGCAAUACCUUUGA